AUGGGUGCCCCAGACAUCAAGGCAGAUGCACGAAGGGUGGUUGAGGUGCUGAAAGCUGGGGGAAUUGCUAUCAUUCCCUCGGCCAUGGGUUACGCACUCACCAGCUCUACCACUGCCUCGCUGGAAAAGAUGUUCUCGACCAAGAGGCGUGGUGCGCACAAGCGACAUGCGAUGGGCGGAAACUAUGCACUCCACAAAGCUCUUCACGUCAUGAAACCUCAGGACGAAGAGAUUGUCCGCUGCCUGACCCAAGACUUUGAUCUUCCUCUGGCUGUUAUUGCCAAAUACGACACAUCCAACCCCAUGUUCAAAGACCUCGACCCGUCCACUUUGGAAGCGUUGACGGUUGAUGGCACACUGGCCAUGUUGAUCAACGCUGGAUCCCUCCAAGACGAGAUCGCAAACCUCAUGAUGGAAGCCAAGCUCCCGUUGUUGGGUAGUUCAGCGAAUCUCUCGGGCACAGGGACCAAGUAUGUCGCCGACGACAUUCCCAAGGAGAUUCUUGAUAUCGCAGAUAUAGUUAUAGACUAUGGGCUUGUCAAGUUUGGACACCACGGAAGGAGCUCAACAAUGAUCGACUUCAGCGGGCCAAAACCAGAAAUUGUGCGGAUUGGAGUUUGCUACGAUGUUAUCAAGGACCACAUGAAGCGCUUCUGGAACAUUGACAUUCCCGACGAUCCGGGGAAGGCGGCACUCCCGCAUGGACAUCUUAAGAACCUGCCCCCAUUGGCAUCGCUGCAAAGACUCGUGGCAGCCUAG